AUGGUGUACACAUUAUUCCCAGAGACCUUGAAGCUGAUGAAAGAAGAUCUCAUUGAGAUAAUUGGCACGUCUCAGCCCGAUAAGCCCGCUUCCUGUGUCACGGACGAGGAAUUCGCGCUUGCACAAUGGAAGAAAGAGGUCGACGACGCGGAAGCCGCUUUUCGUGAUCGUCAACUGGCAGUCAGGGUAGCACUACUCCCCGAGAUGACGCCACUGCCAUCUCGGCCAUUUUGCAGGAAGAAGAGAGAGCGCGGACUGAUCGACAGGUAG